AUGAACUACGUGCGGCCAUUGGAUUCACUGCAAGGAGCUAUUCCGGUGCCCGCCGGGUCACCCAUUCCGAGACUCUCUAGUAGACUUCAGAAGACACUUCUAGGACACGAGUGGAACGACUAUAAGCUCAAGUGGAACCCGGAUGACUACGGCGGCGUCGACACUCUGCACGUCCCUUCGGAGCACAUUUGGCUGCCUGACAUCGUGCUUUAUAACAACGCGGACGGGAACUACGAGGUGACCAUCAUGACGAAGGCGGUCUUGCACCACACGGGCAAGGUGGUGUGGAAGCCGCCCGCCAUCUAUAAGUCCUUCUGCGAGAUCGACGUCGAGUACUUCCCCUUCGACGAGCAGACGUGCUUUAUGAAGUUCGGCUCCUGGACCUACGACGGAUAUUUGGUGGACCUGAGGCACAUCGCGCAGACGCCGGACUCCGACAUGAUCGAGAUGGGCAUUGACCUGCAGGACUACUAUCUGUCCGUGGAGUGGGACAUCAUGAAGGUACCAGCCGUUCGGAACGAGAAGUUCUACAGUUGUUGCGAAGAGCCGUAUCCGGAUAUCAUCUUCAACAUAACGCUUCGCCGAAAGACGCUCUUUUACACCGUCAACCUCAUCAUCCCGUGCGUGGGCAUCUCGUUCCUGUCGGUGCUCGUCUUCUACUUGCCCUCGGACUCCGGGGAGAAGGUGUCGCUGUGUAUUUCCAUUCUCCUGUCGCUCACCGUGUUUUUCUUACUACUCGCCGAGAUCAUCCCGCCCACGUCGCUCACAGUGCCGCUGCUCGGCAAGUACCUGCUCUUCACCAUGGUGCUGGUGACGCUGUCCGUCGUGGUCACCAUCGCCGUGCUCAACGUAAACUUCCGGUCGCCGGUCACGCAUCGGAUGAGGCCGUGGGUUCAUCGGCUUUUCAUACAACUACUGCCCAAGCAUGUAAAUAACUAUACAAUUUAUUACUAA